AUGUCGCAGCCAGCUAUUAUAGAGACCUCUACGAGCCCUGAACAGCCAUCCAAAGCCGCUAAGCGAUAUACUCCAGAGACUGUCGACACUGCCAAUCGCACCGAAGUCGACGAUGUAACAAUUGACCAAGCGCAGAAUGCCUCACCUGAACAGUCUUGUGUACCAGGUGAAGACGACGCUACUGCGAAAGAUACGGUCGAUGACCUCUCUAUCGAUCGAGUGAAGGCUGAAUCAGACCAUUGGGAAUCCCUGCAUUCAAUCUUACAAUCUAGAUUACUCUCGAAAAGAGCAAGGACGUCACCGAGAUAUUUUAACUCCUUCCGUUCUAUCCUUUUUGAUGACGAUAGAUCUAAAGCUAAAGCUGAACUUCCGAGCGAAUUUUCUAGUAUGCAAGACGGCUCUACCCUUCAUAGCGGCCUUCAAAUCAAGAGGUACAUCGAUAAGGAGAAAAGAGUAGCACCCUCAAGUUCCAAAGAAGAUAAUCAAAAAGCAGCUGACCUCUCCAACUUGUACAAUACCUAUUACAGUUACAAAAGGGGAUGUGAGAACGUUCAGCAGAUGUUAAACGGGUUACCUGAUACGACGGACCACUGUUUGAGCGAUAAGACAAGAUGGUGA